AUGGAUCCAGCAGGCUCCGGGACCGGGACUGGGAGGACAUUUUGGACUUUCUGGAACUACAUUACUGAUAUUGUGGGCCGGUUUUUCCGUGCAGAACCAGCUGGCAAUGACAUAAAUGACACCAAUACCACUAAUGCUGUCAAUAAUGAGAGUUUGGACUGUAGUAAAAAAGAAGAAAGUUAUGGUGAAAAGCUGGAGCAGCAUCUUCUCCCGGAAAGCGAGGAAGUUCCUGACGACAACAAUGAGUCCGACAAUGGAAGCGCUGCACGAAGGUUCCUGGAAGCAGGAAGUUGCAGGGAAAGCCAAACCCCCCUGUUACAAGAAGAGGUGGAGAGUGGAGCAGCGAAACACUUACAAGACAGCGGCACCAACGACGGAGAAAACCAGUUUGAAGAUCGUAUGAACGUAGAACUGUGCAGGGGGAGUUUGGAAGAGCACAUCUCAGGGACCGAAGAGAAGACGCCACGACCGAGGAUGAGAAGCAAAAGAGAACACACACAAUUGGAGACUUGUUUUGAGAAGCAGGAGGAAGAAGAUCUGAAAGGAAAGGGAAAAGAUGCUGAAUUUGAAAGGGAACGUUUAUGUGACAUUGAUGCUGCUGUUGAAGAUGGGAACGUUCAAGAUACGCAGAUAUUUUUGGAUCAAGCUAAAUCUGCAGAGACGCAAAAAGCAUUGAUGGAGUUCUUUUCGGACGCUAAAGGCCGAGAAUCUACGUUUAAGGAUGAGGUUACGGCGGUGAAAAGUGUAAUUGAACACGUGAAAUUGCAUCCGACUGAGGAACCGUCCACUACUGUGUCAAAUGCAGGUGGGCUGCUGGAGGUUGAGCAUCAUGGAAUUUCAGCAGAUGUGUCAUCAGUAGAGGAAGUCCAAAAAUAUGGCAGAGACCGACUGAUGAGUUCUGAUGUGAUCGAGGAGGAAAUACUUGACCUGUGGAUACAACAGACUUUGAUUGAGAGCUCUGAAGGGAACGAAGAAGACCAAGGGCACAACAAAGACCAAGGGCACACAAAGAACCUAGGGCAAACAGAGGACCUAGGACGCACAGCGGACCUAGGACACACAGAGGACCUAGGGCGCACACAGGACCAAGGGCACAUAGAGGAAUUAGGGCACACGCAGGACCUAGGGCACAGAGAGGACCUAGGACACACAGAGGACCUAGGGCACCCAUACGACCCAGGGCACACAGAGGACUUAGGACGCACACAGGACCAAGGGCACAUACAACACCUAGGACGCACAGAGGACCUAGUGCCCCCAGAAGACCUAGGGCACACAGAGGACCUAGGACACACACUGGACCUGGGGCACACAGAUGACCUAGGACACACAGAGGACCUAGGACGCACGGAGGACCUAGGACGCGCAGAGGACCCAUGGCACCCAGAGGACCUAGGACGCACGGAGGACCUGGGGCACACAGAUGACCUAGGGCACACAGAGGACCUAGGGAACAUAGAGGACCUAGGACGCACAGAGGACCUAGGACGCACAGAGGCCCUUUGGCACCCAGAGGACCUAGGACACACAGAUGACCUAGGGCACAAACAUGACCUAGGGCACAGAGAGGACCGAGGACACACAGAGGACCGAGGAUACACAGAGGACCUAGGGCACACAGAGGACCUAGGGUACACAGAGGACCUAGGACACACAGAAGACCUAGGGCACACAGAGGACUUAAGACGCACACAGGACCAAGGGCACAUACAACACCUAGGACGCACAGAGGACCUAUGGCAUCCAGAGGACCUAGUGCUUCCGGAAGACCUAGGGCACACAGAGGACCUAGGACACACACUGGACCUGGGGCACACAGAUAACCUGGGGCACACAGAUGACCUAGGACGCACGGAGGACCUAGGACGCACAGAGGACCUAGGGCACCCAGAGGACCUAGGACACACAGAGGACUCAUGGCACCCAGAGGACCUAGGACACAUAGAGGACCCAUGGCACCCAGAGGACCUAGGACACACAGAGGACCCAUGGAACCUAGAGGACCUAAGACACAAACAGGACCUAGGGCACACAGAGGACCUAGGACGCACGGAGGACCUAGGACGCACGGAGGACCUUUGGCACCCAGAGGACCUAGGACACACAGAUGACCUAGGGCACAAACAGGACCGAGGGCACAGAGAGGACCCAUGGCACCCAGAGGACCCAUGGCACCCAGAGGACCUAGGACACACAGAGGACCUAGGACGCACAGAGGACCUAGGACGCACAGAGGACCUACGACGCACAGAGGCCCUUUGGCACACAGAUGACCUAGAACGCACAGAGGACCUAGAACGCACAGAGGACCUAGGACGCACGGAGGACCUACGACGCACAGAGGCCCUUUGGCACCCAGAGGACCUAGGACACACAGAUGACCUAGGGCACAAACAGGACCUAGGGCACAGAGAGGACCGAGGACAUACAGAGGACCUAGGACACACAGAGGACCCAUGGCACCCAGAGGACAUAGGAGACACAGAGGACCUAGGACACACAGAUGACCUAGAACGCACAGAGGACCUAGGACGCACAGAGGACCUAGGACGCACAGAGGCCCUUUGGCACACAGAGGACCUAGGACACACAGAGGACCCAUGGCACCUAGAGGACCUAAGACACAAACAGGACCUAGGGCACAGAGAGGACCUAGGACACACAGAGGACCCAUGGCACCCAGAGGACCUAAGACACAAACAGGACCUAGGGCGCACAGAGGAUCUAUGGCACCCAGAGGACCUAGGACACACAGAGGACCUAAGAUGCACAGAGGACCUAGGGCACACAGAGGACCUAGGACACACAGAUGACCUAGAACGCACAGAGGACCUAGGACGCCAAGAGGACCUAGGACGCCAAGAGGACCUAGGACGCCAAGAGGACCUAGGACGCCAAGAGGACCUAGGACGCCAAGAGUACCUAGAACACACAGAGGACCUAGGACGCACAGAGGACCUAGGGCACCCAGAGGACCUAGGACACACAGAGGACCUAGGACGCCAAGAGGACCUAGGACGCCAAGAGGACCUAGGACGCCAAGAGGACCUAGGACGCCAAGAGGACCUAGGACACACAGAGGACCUAGAACGCACAGAGGACCUAGGACGCCAAGAGGACCUAGGACACACAGAGGACCUAGGGCACACAGAGGACCUAGGACACACAGAGGACCUAGGACACACAGAGGACCUAGGACACACAGAGGACCUAGGACGCACAGAGGACCUAGGACGCACAGAGGACCUAGGACACACAGAGGACCUAGGACACACAGGGAUUUUUGAAGAUUCAUUGAACAAGGCGACAUCACUUAACUGCAAUAAACAAAUACAACAAGAACCAAUGACGAUUGCAAGUUUCUCCUCAGACUCCUCAGUGGACCUAAGAUGUCAACUGCCUUCACCGGAGGAGUCCAAAGAGGAAGCAUCGCCGUUUCAAACAGUGGAAAAUGAGGUGAACAGGCUGGACUUCACACCACAGAAGUCAAGAAUUUACAUCAAAAAUCCAAGAGUGAGGCCGCCGAGAGAUUUUCGUUUAUUGUUGCAAAAACCAUCGCUUGAGCCUUCACCUUCUGAGCCUCUGGAGACACACGCUCCUGCAGAUGUUCCCAGGAGUGUGUUGGGAAUGGGAUUUAAACUUCCAGGUCUCGGAAACGGUUUUCCUGUUUUGAAAAAAGCUAAGAAAACGGUAAUGGAAGAACCCACAACAAGUUCUCAGGAGACAAAGCCACUGGAGGAGGAAGACGAACUUCUUCCAGAAGUGUCCCAGAAAAGACCUAAAUGGAUUCCUCCGAGUCACCCAGGGUUUGGGAAUCCAUUUAUGUCUGAACUCAAAAGCAAGCUGAAGAAACCAGACAAAGAAUAA